UCUCUCCAUGCCCAUAAAAUCUCAAAAACUCUGUUUUUUUUUUUUUAAUGUUUUAGCUUUAACUGCUUUUUUUUUGUUGUUGUUGCUCUAAUGAUAUCACAGAGAGAAGAAAGAGAAGAGAAGAAGCAGAGAGUGAUGGGAGAUAAGAAAUUGAUUUCUUCUUCUUCUUCCUCGGUUUACGAUACUACUCGUAUCAAUCAUCAUCAUCAUCCUCCGUCUUCUUCCGACGAAAUCUCUCAGUUUCUCCGGCAUAUUUUCGACCGUUCUUCUCCUUUACCUUCUUACUAUUCUCCGGCGACGACGACGACACCGACUUCUAUGAUUGGUGUGCAAGUUCACGGUGACCCACAUGCAGAUAACUCGAGAAGUCUCGUUUCUCAUCAUCCACCGUCGGAUUCUGUGCUCAUGUCGAAACGUGUCGGAGAUUUCUCUGAGGUUUUAAUCGGCGGAGGCGCGUGUUUUGGUUUCUCCGGUGGUGGUAAUAAUAAUAACGCUCAGGGAAAUAGCUCUGGGACUCGAGUAUCGUCUUCUUCUGUUGGAGCUAGUGGAAACGAGACCGAUGAGUAUGACUGCGAAAGCGAGGAAGGAGGAGAAGCUGUAGUUGAUGAAGCUCCCUCUUCCAAGUCAGGUCCUUCUUCUCGUAGUUCAUCUAAGAGAUGCAGAGCUGCUGAAGUUCAUAAUCUCUCUGAGAAGAGGAGGAGAAGUAGAAUCAAUGAAAAAAUGAAAGCUUUGCAAAGUCUCAUCCCUAAUUCAAAUAAGACGGAUAAGGCUUCAAUGCUUGAUGAAGCCAUUGAAUAUCUGAAACAGCUUCAGCUCCAAGUUCAGAUGUUGACAAUGAGAAAUGGGAUAAACUUACAUCAUCCUUUGUGCUUACCUGGAACUACAUUACAUCCAUUGCAACUCUCUCAGAUUCGACCCCCAGAAGCAACCAAUGAUCCUUUGCUCAAUCAUACCAAUCAGUUUGCUUCGACUUCUAAUGCACCGGAAAUGAUUAAUACUGUGGCUUCUUCAUACGCAUUGGAACCUUCCAUUCGCAGUCACUUUGGACCUUUCCCUCCUCUCCUUAAUUCACCCGCGGAGAUGAGUCGGGAAGGAGGGUUAACUCAUCAAAGGUUGAACAUUGGUCAUUCCAACGCAAACUUAACCGGGGAACAAGCUCUGUUUGAUGGACAACCUGACCUAAAAGAUCGAAUUACUUGAACAGAGGCUCAACUUUGACCUCUAUGUGUUCUUGUUUCUUAGGGCGCAAGCAAUAAAGCUGCCUGACAAUGGAGAUGCAUUUAGCGGUGUUUACUUUUUCUAAGGUUCUAUUUAUUUAUCAAUUGUUGUUGACACGAACACUAGACUCUAAAUCUUUGAAUCUAAUAGCUAUACUAAAACCUUUUAUUACAAAGUAACUUGUUAGGUUUAUGUAUGUUUAUGGUGCAUGUAAAGUUUUUAGAUCAUCUUCGCAUUGUAUUGAGAGUUUGAGACUCGAUGACUUGGAUAUGUAAAUUACAGAUAAGCUUCUAGAGAAGUUUUCGACUCUA